CAGGUAAUUCUGCCUCCUGCACAAAACCCCAUAAGAGAACCCUUUCUUCUUCUCUAUCAGGAUAACACAAAGCCCUCUGCCCGCCGGUGAGCUUCCAACUUCAAAUGGCUAUUUCUUCUGUGAGUUUCACCUCUUUCUUCUUCCCUAAAGAUGUGUCAUUUCUCAAUCCUUCUCCCUCCUCCUGCAGUCUUCCACCCGCGUCUCCUUAUCCUGCUACCCUGCGCGUCAUGCGCACUGUCACUUGUGCCACGGUAUCGCCGCAGCAGCAGCAGCAGCAGCAGGAGCGGCGUCCCCGAGGUAUUAUGAAGCCCCGCCGCGUCACUCCAGAAAUGGCUGAGCUCGUUGGUGCAUCGGAGAUCCCUCGUACCCAAGCGCUUAAGCGCAUUUGGGCCUAUAUUAAGGAGCAUAAUCUCCAGGAUCCUGAUAACAAGAAGAUCAUAAUUUGUGAUGAAAAGCUGAAGAAGAUAUUUAGUGGUAGGGACCAAGUUGGAUUUCUCGAAGUUGCAGGAUUGAUUAGUCCUCACUUUCUCAAGUAAAUAUCAGAAAGUUCCGUUUGGAGUUCAUGGGUCGAGUUUUAUGCUCGGCGGCUAUCUUUUUGGGUGACAAAAUGGUGAAAUUCCUGCCUUCUAGUAGCGUCUUGUGUUUUUUAGUGCUUAGCUACAGAGUUAGCUGUGUUAAAAAGUUCCCUUGUAGAUUCCUUGAAUCUAUAGGUUUUUAAUAUGGAUUGUGUUGGGAAUUUCCAGUGUUUGCUUUGUUAGACAGCUUUGAACUUCAGUUGAAUUAUGUAUACAAGCUUAAAUCUUAUUAGAAUC